AUGCGUACACGCAGUAACUCCGGAGUUCGUUUGGAUUACUAUCAGAGGAUCGUACAUAAGCUAAUUCUCGAUCAUCAGCAGCCAGUCACUGGCUUGUUUCCAGCAAGUCCUCAUAAUGACCACGCUUGGAUUAGAGACAAUCUCUAUUGUAUUUUGGCAGUAUGGGGUCUUUCUAUGGCAUUCAAGAAAAUCGCCGAUCAAGACGAAGAUCGCGCAAAAACAUAUGAAUUGGAGCAAAGCUGUGUGAAGCUUAUGAGAGGACUGCUCAUGGCAAUGAUGCAACAAAAAGAAAAAGUUGAAAAAUUUAAAAGCACUCAAAAUCCACUUGAUUCACUUCACGCGAAAUAUUCAUCAAUAACAGGCCGUGUUGUUGUAACAGACACUGAAUGGGGACAUUUACAAGUCGAUGCCAUUUCCCUAUACCUUCUUGUACUUGCUCAAAUGACAGCAUCUGGAUUACAAAUAGUGUUCAGCUUAGAUGAAGUAGCUUUCAUACAAAAUUUAGUUUUCUACAUAGAAUCUGCCUAUUGCACCCCUGAUUAUGGAAUUUGGGAGAGGGGUGACAAAACCAACCAUGGAUUACCUGAACUCAAUGCCAGUUCAAUUGGCAUGGCAAAAGCAGCGCUAGAAGCCAUGAAUGAACUAGAUUUGUUUGGAGCCCGUGGAGGUCCAUCUAGUGUCAUCCAUGUUUUAGCAGAUGAAGCACAAAAAUGUCAGGCCGUCUUACAAUCAAUGUUACCUAGGGAGUCUAAUAGCAAAGAAUUGGACUCUGGUCUUUUAUCAAUCAUUAGCUAUCCAGCAUUUGCAGUAGAUGACCCAUAUUUAAUAGCAAAAACUAGGGACACUAUAGUCUCUAAGUUGCAAGGGAAAUAUGGAUGUAAAAGGUUUCUUAGAGAUGGACAUAAAACACCGAGAGAAGAUCCCAAUAGGCUUUACUAUGAACCUUGGGAGCUAAGAAUGUUUGAAAAUAUUGAAUGUGAAUGGCCCUUAUUCUUCUGUUACUUAAUUAUGGACUACUGUUUCCAAGGCGAUAAGAGCAGUGUUUCUGAGUACAUGCAAAAGUUAGAAAUGAUAAUGAUAAGAAAGGAUGAUGGUAUGAAAUUGGUCCCAGAAUUAUACUCCGUACCAGCUGAUAAGGCGCAUUUGGAACAACAUGAGCCAGGCAGCCAAGAAAGGAUUCCUCUUGGUAGAUGUCCUUUCAUUUGGGCUCAGUCUUUGUACAUACUUGGCAAGUUAUUGCAGGAAGGUUUUCUAGCUGUAGGAGAGUUGGAUCCAUUAAAUAGAAGAUUAUGUUCUGAAAAAAAACCAGAUGUGGUCGUGCAGAUAGUAAUUUUAGCAGAAGACAAUGAAAUAAGAGAUAAACUGUUAGAGUAUGAUUUACAAGUUCAAACUAUUAAUGAAGUGGCCCCUAUUGAAGUACAGCCUGCUAGAGUUUUAAGCCACCUUUACACCUAUUUAGGAAGGAACAAAAAGUUAGGUCUAUCUGGCAGAAAGUCACGCGACGUCGGAAUUCUAAGCACAAGCAAAUUAUAUUCGUUAAACGACCGAAUUUUUGCUUUUACACCACAAAAUUUUGACUACGAAGAGUACUACAUGACUCGCGACCCGGCGUUGCUCGCUAGUACGUUCACAGCGAAUGUGGCUUUCCUUGGCAUGAGUUGGAAACAAAUGUUGGGACGUCCGACAAUCACUUUACUCGCCACACAGUAUUUAUUAGAUCAUGGAAAGAUUCCCAUGGCUAUGGUAACAACUAUGAAAAAGUUGAAAUCUGGUUACAUUAAUGGUACCCGAGUUACACUUGGUAACCUGGGCGACUUUUUGAGUACUUCAGCUAUUACGAAUCUCAGUUUCCUUGGGAGUCAAGAGGAUGGAUAUCCUGAUAAACUGAAUCCUCAAGUCCAAAGCUAUCUUGAGGAACACCUGCUGAAGUCAUUUAGCAACAAAUUCAACUUUAUAACCCGUCCUACUGGUUCUCGCAGCCGAACGUUGCGCAGGCGCAUGUCAGUGCGUGGCGCUAUCAAGAAGACGCGAUCUAUCAAUGUUGAUUCUGAAACACUAGGAAUGGAAGGUGAAAAUGCAGCACCACAAAGUUUCCUAGAACGGAAACCAUCUUGGCUUGAAGUCGACCCCAUGUUUGGUCGGAGUCCCUCACCCGAGGAUCCUAAGAAGAGAGCUUUUACAAAGGGCACAUCAACCACGACGUUACCAGUGACUCCAACAAUAGAAAUCACGAAGGAAAAUUCUCCAUCACCACCCAAAGACGAAGUUGUAAACAAGAACGUGGUAGUACGUAACCGCACGAUAUCGGAGAAUCAGAACUUGGUAUACGCUGAGCAAGAGACGGACGAACUGAUCGGAAUGCUGCGCGAGACGGAGAGUUUGGAUGAGCAGGGAGAUAUUCUUCAGUAUCUUGUAGAUACUCAUGGCUUGGACUUUAGUACUGGCGUUCUGGAAAACGGCAAACCUGUCACCGUUAAAGACCUUCUAAAAGUCUUAUACGAGAAGGCGUGCUCCCAAAAGCUGUGGGGUCUCGUUCGUCACACAGCAGGGAUGUUGGGCAAGCGAGUUGAAGACCUGGCUAAAGCGGUGACCGACUUGUUAGUGCGGCAGAAGCAGAUAACAGUUGGCAUGCCGCCGAACAACGAGUACACUAUAACUGCGCCCUUACCCGAAAAUGAACUGCGGCAACUUAUACAUUGUGCUUACGGAGACGACGAAAGUACAGCGAUGUUGACUCAAGAGUUGCUCGUGUAUCUCGCCAUGUUUAUACGUACGGAACCACAACUCUUUUUGGAGAUGCUGCGUCUGAGAGUCGGUCUUAUCAUACAGGUGAUGGCCACGGAACUAUCGCGGACUCUCUCCUGCGACGGCGAGGAAGCUUCAGAACAUCUUCUCAAUUUAUCACCGUUUGAGAUGAAAAAUCUACUUUAUCACAUACUGAGUGGAAAGGAAUUCGCAAUUAAUAGUGGUCGAGGCAACUUUUCCAUUGUGAGCAACAAAUCGAAUCGAUAUGGCAAGAAAUCGCAAAUAGUACUGGAGGGACAAAACUUACAAGGCAUUGAGGAAGCACCAACAGUAGAACCAGAUCGCCAAGGACAAUGGUUGCGAAGGCGUCGCCUAGAUGGCGCCCUCAAUCGUGUACCUAGAGACUUUUAUCCUAGAGUUUGGGGUGUUCUAGAAAAGUGCCAAGGUUUAGUGAUCCAAGGUAAAAUCCUGCAACCAAAUUUGACACAAGAAAUGACGCCCGGAGAGUUGAAAUUUGCACUAGCAGUGGAAACGGUUCUGAACUCCAUCCCACAGCCUGAAUACAGACAGUUGGUUGUUGAAGCUUUAAUGGUUUUGACCCUAAUCGUUGAGUAUAAGACCAUUAACAGCUUGGGUGGGAUGAUCACAGUAGAGCACUUGGUGCAUAAGGCUAAUCAAAUAUUUCUUGAAGAUCAGAUGCGCUGUAAUGGCGACGCAACUCUGUGUUGCGCAAAGGCAGAUUCCUUCGGCGGCGCGCAAGUCUGCGGAGGCGCUGCAGGCGUCUGCCAACUGCUGUACGACAGCGCCCCUAGCGGCAGCUACGGAACUAUGACUUACCUGGCACGGAGUGUUGCUACGUUAUUGGCUGAUCGCGUCCCCCACGACACGCCCAUUGAGUGCGCAGUUAGUUAG